AUGAGUGACGAAGAUUCAAAUUGUUCUAGUCCGAGUAAUGAGAGUUUGAGUUAUAGAUCUAAAAGCAAAUUUGAGGAGUUUUUCGAAAAAAAUCAUGCAUCCCAAACUGCCUUGUUUAAAUUGUGCCAACAUAAAAAGGUUGAAAUAAAAAUGAAAAACAGAAACACUUCAGGCUUAAUGAAACAUCUAAUAUCUUUCCACAAAAAGGAAUCACAAAUAUUUCUUCCUGUUAAACCAAAAUUAAGUGGAGGAAGCUUUUUAGUAACCGCUGGAAGAAGUGGACAGUCGGAAAACAGUAGUGACAACAUCACGAUAGCUACAGUUGAUUGGGUGGUGAAAAAAUAUCUUCCCUUGACAUUUUUCGAUGACGAAGCUACACAACUGCCGCCACACUUUGAUUCAGACAAUCAACAUUUCCGGUGUUUUGCUCACAUUUUAAACCUUGGUGUACAAAAUUUAUUAAAGACCUUAGCAUUACACUGUGAGACUAACACUAACGCGCAAGAAAAGCAGUAUGAAGACUAUGCAGACGAAAUUGAGGAAGAUGAAAAAUAUGCACCAAAUAUUGCUGACUCGAGUACAGCUGUAACAAAAUUACGCAGUAUUUCCAGUAAAGUAAAAAGAAGUGAGAUAGUGAAGAAGAAGUUUCAGUACUGCAGCUAG